CGUCGUAAACAAAUGAAAUACGUCUUGAAUGUGAUUAGUAACUACCGAACUGUUCGGAAUUAAAAUUAUUCAAUUUUAAAAGUGCCAGAGAUCACCAUGUCUCAAAUAAUGGAUAUAGAUGGAAGCUUAUACGAAGGGGGCGGUCAAAUUCUUAGGAUGGCUCUCUGCUUCAGUGUUCUGUGUAAGAAGCCGGUUCGGAUAUACAAUAUUCGUGGUGGAAGGAAAAAACCAGGUCUGAUGGCACAACACACAAAAAGCAUUGAAUUGCUUCGAGACAUCAGUAAUGCCCGAGUCACAGGUUUGCAGAUAGGGUCAAUGGAAAUUGUGUUUCAUCCGGGGGAUAUAGGGGCAGGGAAGUUUAUAGCUCACGUCCAAACUGCUGGAAGUAUCAGUUUGCUAAUGCAAGCGGUUCUUCCGGUAGCUAUUUUUGGAUCCGGAUCGAUAACAUUAGAUCUCAAGGGUGGUACGAACGUUGAUAUGGCUCCUCAGGUUGACUUUAUGACGGAAAUAUUUCGUCCGAACCUGGAGAAAUUUGGUGCCACCUUUGAUUUCGAUCUGCUGCGAAGAGGUUACUUUCCGAAGGGCGGAGGACAUUGCAUCGUUCACAUCAACUCGGUUAGAUCGUUGAGACCGGUCACUUUGAUUGACGUCGGAACCAUCGAUCGGUGCUUCGGUUGGAGUUUUGUGUCUGGAGCAGUUCCGAUGAGGGUUGCAAAAGAUAUGGCUGAUGGAGCUAAAAAUGUACUUAAACGUAUCAGUCGAGAUGAAAUAAAGAUUGACGAGUACAAAGAAAGUGUGGAUAUGGCCGUGGACAACUGUUCAGGAAUUAUAUUGGGUAUCGAAACAUCUACCGGCAUGGUAAUGGGCGGUGCUACUUUAGGCAACCGACAGAGGGAUUCUUUCCGAACAGGCGAAGAAGCUGCCAAUGAGAUUAAAUCAGCAUUUGAACUGCGAGCGUGCGUUGACCGACACGUGCAGGAUAUGGUGGUAGUGCUCAUGGCUUUGGCAAACGGUCAGAGUAAACUGAGAACGGAACCGUUGACGUUGCAUACCCAAACGGCAAUUUUUGUUGCUGAAUUAAUGACCAAGGCUAAGUUCGCUGUACACGAACAGGAAGAUGGAAGUUUUAUUAUACAAUGUGAUGGCAUUGGAAUAACGAAUCAGUACCAUCAGAAUUGACUUUAUCGCGGUACGUUAAAAGUAAGUAUGUCAAGCUUUCCGAUAAACCAAAACUCAUUUAAUGUUCAAUAGAACAUCACCAUGGGAUGCCCUAGAUACAUGGGACAAUUAUGCGUAUA